UAUUACUAUCAUAUUACAAGCUAAGAGAGAAUCAAUUGGGAUUGAAGAUAGAUAUAUAAUGAGGUUGUUGGGUGCGGCGGUGGUGAUAAGCGUGGCGGUGGCGGUGGCUAUUAGCGCCGCUGCCGCCGACGUCUCGUUCGAUGCCAACUACUUUGUUGACUGGGGGAACAAUCAUGUCACAUCCUCUGACCAAGGAAGAGAAAUUCAACUUUUAAUGGAUAAAUCUUCUGGGUCUGGCUUUGCAUCAAAGUCCAGUUAUGGAUCGGGGUGUUUCGAAAUAAGGAUGAAGGUACCAGGUCAUGACACUGCUGGAGUGGUUACCAGUUUUUAUCUAACUUCAAAUACUGAAGAUAGGCACGACGAGCUGGAUUUCGAGUUCUUGGGAAACCGAGAGAGGAAACCAGUUACGUUGCAGACUAACAUCAUGGCUGAGGGUGUGGGGAAUAGAGAGCAAAGGAUUUAUCUCUGGUUUGAUCCCGCCGCUGAUUUUCAUUCCUACAAAAUCCUCUGGAACCAACACCAAAUUGUAUUUUACGUGGACAACAUCCCAAUCAGAGUGUUCAAGAACAAGGAGAACAUUGGAGUUAGGUACCCAUCAUUUCACGCAUUGCAGAUUAAGGGAAGCUUAUGGAACGCCGAAAGCUGGGCAACCGAUGGGGGCAAAGCCAAGAUCAACUGGUCACAAGCGCCAUUCAAAGCUGAGUUUCAAGGAUUCAACGUCGAUGGCUGCACCGCCGAUCCAAAAUCAAACGAUAUUAAUCGCUGCUUUUCACGUGGCGCCUAUUGGUGGAACUCUAAGAAGUUGUGGUCAUUGAAUCGUGAAGAGCGAGUACAGUACCUGAAAGUGAGGAGAAAUUUCAUGCACUACGAUUACUGUGCCGAUCUGCCUAGGUUUCCUACCCUUCCUCCAGAAUGCAAGAGGCAUUAAUUAAUAAUAAUGUAAUAUUAUUAUUAGCUUCACUUCACUAAUAUAUAAUUAAACAUCAUCUUAGCUUGUAAUAGCCAACAUCUCUAUCUCAUCCAUCUAAUAAACAUUUCAAGUACUCCCCUACUUA